GUGCCCAGGCGGGCUGGGCUGCCAGUCUCAUCCCUGGAGCUGUGGCACCCGCUGGACCCUCCAUCCAGGCACCCCAUAAGGUACCAGGGCCACCCCCACCCCCUGGACAGGCACAGCAGAGGCACUGACCACCGAGGCGCUGGCUGCCAAGCGCUCAGGACAGGGGCCAGGUGAGCAGACGCCGAGGGCGCCCAGGGACGUCUUUCCCUAGCCCAGAGCCAAGGGAGGAAGCGGCGGGAGGCAGGAAGCCGUCCCCCGGGCCCGGGGCCCCUGCUGUGAUUUUGCUCGAAGGUCAGCGGCGACACAACAGGAAAUCGUGCUGCCUCGGCUGGGCGGCCAGGCCGGAGCCGCAGAGCCGCGCUGUCCCGGGGCCGCUCCCGGCCUCCGGCCCUCCGUCCCGGCUGGGCGGCUCGCGGGGAGCCCGCGCCAACACUGCCCUCCAUGGAAGGGGGACGGGAGCCGGGGAGCAGCCGCUGGCCCCAGGGCGGAAGAUGCAGGGCCGAAGCCCCCAGCUGAGCAUGGAGCUGAACAGACUGCUCCUCCUCACAUCCUUCCUCCUGCACGUGAAGGAAGACCAUGCCAGCCCAACACGGCUGGUCUGUGACAACAGGCUCAUCCAGAAGUACAUCCUGGAGGCCAAAGACAUGGAGAAGAGAGUGGGCCAGUGCCAGGCCCUGCCUGUGCUCAGCUGCCCUGUGGUGCUGCCCUUGGUGGACUUCAGCCUCCAGCAGUGGAAAUCCAAAUCGAACGAGACAAAGCGGCGGGAGAUCCUGUGUGACCUGGCCCUGCUGGUGGGUGCUGCCACAGGGGCCCUGGGCCAGGUGAGCGAGGAGUGCGGGGCCAGGCAGCUGAGCCAGCUUUACCAACAUGCCAACUCCUUCUUCCUGCUCCUGCAGACCUUCAGCUGGGAGGCAGGACACUGGGAGCUGAGCUGCUCCCCACACUCCAUGGAGCAGACCCACAUCACCAGUGUCUUCCUCACCUACCGGCAGCUGGUGCAGGGCAAGUUGCGCUUCUUCUUCCACGACCUGGCCAAGGUCUUGUGCAAGCAAGGACAGGGGGGCAGCAGAGACCCUCCGUGCGGGGCCCAGUGAAGCUGCACACAGGGUUCACCCCAAUGUGACUUUGGAGAAAUCCUGCUGGACACUGAGCUGUGCUCUGGGUGCCCAGGAAGAUGCCCACAAGGAAAGGGUUGGCUCCUGUUCCUCAAGUCUUCGGAGACCAUGCAACCCACAAAGGCAAAGAGCAACACCCACGUGCUGGUGGGCACAGGCCCUGCUCCCACCUGGGCAGGCACCUCUACUGUGAAUGCUUUUCGAUUAAAGAGCUAUUUUUCUAAA